ACUAGCCACCACAUUUUCUUUAUGCUCCGCUUGACUCGUCUCCCUAACUCGCCCGAGUCGCCCCUCCUCCUCCUCCUCAACUCGGCCCCUCCCCGGCUCCGUCGCCCCCUCCCCGUCCCUCUCCUCUCCUCCGUAAAAGCCCUCGUCGCCGCACCUUUCUCCUCGAUCCCACACCAUUCCCAUCCCAAACCCUUCUCCUCCCCACUCCGCCGCCUCCCUCCGGCGAUGGACCUCGCCGGAGCCUUCCACGCCGCCGCAGUUGGAGAGGCCUCCCCCCCUAAUCCUAACCCUAACGUGGAUCCCGAGCUCCAUCGUCUUCUUGGAGCCGAGGACGCCUCUGAGGGCGAGGCGGUGGCGUCGUCGUUUGCUCCUUCUUCAUCUUCUUCGAGCGGGGGAUCGGAUGGGAGGAGGGAUCUCCCCGAGGAGCUCGCCAAGGGCGUCGUGUUGUUGCAGUGCGAGUCCUCGGCCGAGGGCGGCGCGUGCGACGUUUACCUUGUCGGGACCGCGCACGUGUCUCAGGAAUCAUGCAAGGAAGUCAAGGCGGUAAUCAAUUACUUGAAACCGCAGGUUGUUUUCUUGGAAUUGUGCGCAAGCAGGGUUGCCAUUCUGACACCGCAGAAUCUUCAGGUUCCUACUGUGAGUGAAAUGAUUGACAUGUGGAAGAAAAAGAAAAUGAACACAUUUGGAAUCCUUUAUAGCUGGUUUCUUGCCAAGGUUGCCAGUACACUUGAGGUUUUACCUGGUUCCGAGUUUCGAGUGGCAUUUGAAGAAGCAAUGAGCUAUGGAGGCAAAGUUAUUCUUGGCGAUCGUCCUGUCCAUAUCACCCUGAGGAGAACAUGGGGGAGUAUGACGUUGUGGCAUAGGCUGAAAUUUCUAUACUACAUUCUGUUUCAAACAAUCUUCUUGCCAAGCCCUGAAGAUCUCACUAGAAUGUUGAAGGAAAUGGAUGAUGUUGACAUUCUUACUAUUGUGAUUCAAGAGAUGAGCAAGGAAUUUCCGACUUUGAUGGAAACACUUCUUCAUGAGCGUGACAUGUACAUGUCGUCUAAGUUACUGAAGGUUGCUAGCGAACAUUCUUCAGUUGUUGCUGUUGUUGGAAAAGGGCAUUUACCAGGAAUAAAGAAAUACUGGAAACAGCCUAUCAAGGUGAAGGAUCUGCUUGAAAUUCCUACUAGAAGUUCAGGUAUCUCUAGGGCAAAAAUCCUAACAUCUUUAGGACUUGCAGUGACUGGAUCAGCAAUUGCCUCCGGGCUUUAUUUCUGGGGAAGGAAAUGAUGUUUGUGGUAUGCAUGACUAAACUAGUUGUUUAAGCAUUACUGUCACACUAAUUCCUAUUCGAGAUAUAUUCUUGUUGUAAAUUCAACUUGUUGUAGGAACAUUUAAAAUAGAUAACAUUGGAUCUCACGGAGUGAAUAUCCUGCAAUAAAGAAUUCUUAGCAAGUGUGUAAACCUUGUAUUUGUCAUCCUCAGCUCCAAUUGUUUUCCUGUAGUAACUA